AUGCAAUUGAAGGACUUGACAUCCAUUGAGCUGCCGCCUGCGGCGGACAUGCAUGUCCACCUUCGGCAAGAUGCCAUGAUGGAACUAUGCACUCCCCUAGUAGAAAAAGGAGGCUGUGACACAGUCUUUGUCAUGCCCAAUCUUACUCCCAAAAUAGGCAGUGUCUCACAAGCAAUUGAGUAUCAUGAAAAGCUGCAAAGACUUGCUCCCAAUGUCAAGUUUCUCAUGUCUUUAUACUUGCAUAAUGGGUUGACUGAAGAGGAGAUUGAGAAGGCUGCCAAGUCAGGGGUUGUUUAUGGUGUCAAGUUCUACCCUGCCGGUGUGACAACAAAUUCCCAAGAAGGCGUCCUCGACAUUGAACAGCUAUACCCUGUGUUCGCCGCCAUGGAGAAACACGACCUCGUUCUCAACUUACACGGCGAAAUGAUCAGCACCCCAGCCAGCGCUGUUGGAAAGCAAACAGAGCCCGUCGUCACUGUACUCAACGCCGAGCCUCUUUUUAUCCCCCAACUUGCUAAACUACAUGCUGCGUUUCCAAAGUUGAGAAUCGUUUUGGAGCAUGUUAGUACUAAGCAGGGUUUGGAUGCUGUUCGUGCUUGUGGGCCUAAUGUUGCCGGAACUAUAACAGCACACCAUCUGCAUAUCACAAUCGAUGACGCCGUCAGUGACGUGUUCAACUUCUGCAAGCCUGUUGCAAAGACACCUGAGGAUCGUCUUGCUUUAGUCAAGGCCGUUGUCGAUGGAUCCGGAAAGUUCUUCUUCGGAAGCGACUCAGCACCUCACCCAAUCCAAUCCAAAAAAGGCGCCGGAGCAACUGCAGCCGGUUGCUUCACUCAGCCAUAUGUAUCCCAGAUCGUCAUAGAAGCCCUUGAGGUGGCCACCGAACAAGGAUGGAUCAAUGAAAAUGAGCUCACAUUAGAAGCUAUUGAGGGUUUCUUGUCGGGCUUUGGCCGCAAAUUUUAUAAGUUGCCUGCUGCAAACUCUACAAAGAAGAUUCGUUUGGAGAAGAAGGGAGAGAAGAUUCCAGAUAUUGUCAGAUCGGCGGAUGGUGCUGUUGAGAUAGUUCCUUGGGGAAGAGGAAGGGAGGUUAGGUCAUUGACAUGGGUUUAA